CGCGCGCGUGUGUGCGUCAGCGAGGUGUGAGAUGGGUUUCCACCGUGACGUGGAGACAGUUAGACAAAUGAGACGCACAGAUCGGCGGAUAGCCAUUUGUCUGUGAUGAGUUGUAAAGUGCUGUGUUGAAUUGAAAAAAAGUGAAUUUUGAACUUUAUUCAGUAGCUUCUGUUGCCAUUUCCGUGUGACGAUGUGACUGGUUGUCAUGUUCCUGUCAGAUCCGUUAAUGUCUUUCUGCUGGCCUACCACGAAGCUUUAAAGAGCAAGAAACAAAAAAAACUAGAACAGUGAGAAUGGACAAAGGAAAUAUAAGGAAAACUUGACAGUGGUGAUUGGACAUGAAGUAUAUACUUCGGUGAAAAUAUGAGACGUAAGAACUAGUGUAAACGUGUGUAAUGGUACAACAGCUGGAAAACGGUACACAUAAGAAAAUAAAGAAGAGAAUGAAUUCAUGCCUUCCCAUGAGAACCGCAUGUUUGAGCUUCGAACCUUCCCGGAGAGAAACAUUGGUCCCUCAGACUCACACAAUAGCAGGCUGGUGCCCCGUCCCGUGCUGUGAGCGUCGGCCCAGCGGUCAUCAGGAGCGCCAGCGUAACCAGACACUCCCCUGCUUGGUAACAGCAGCGCUCACGUCGCCUCGCGGUCCCCCGGAAACAGCAUCUCGCAGAGUCCUGCCACCCCCUCUUGUUCCUGGCACGGGAGCGGCUCUGUCAGCGGCGGUAAGAGUCGUCCGCCUCCAACGACGGAGGCGACGGCGGCGGGAUGCGGACGCGCGAGUCGUGGCCGCCGCUCGCCGGGGAGUCGAGGACGGCCUCCGCGGAGCUGCGUCCGGGGAGGGCGCCCAGGCCUCCCGAAGGCGGCGGCCCGGGCGAGAAGAGCGUGUGGAAGGGCGUGUUCUGCAUGUGCUUUCGGAAGGCCGCGCCCAAAAAGGAAAUGGGUUAUUUGCAGCGGCUUCACCACCGAAUCAAAUGCCUGAAGAAGGUACGUGCCAGUCUUCCCUCCCGCAACGCCAUGGCCUGGCACGAGGCUAAGGUGUUGUACGUGUACGAAGGCAUAAGCGGCAGUGUGGGUGAGGCCAUGGCUGCCGCGCGCGACCGAGCCACGCGCUACAGUAGUGUGCAGCAGGACACUAUCCUCGGCUACCCUAUCCAGGUCCCACUACCUGACGGGGAGGAGAGGCAAUAUACGCUACCCUCCAUGAAGCACCACCUUACUGGUUCAGAACAGGAGGCAGAAAUAACAAGGGAAUACAUCAAACCACCAGCCAACAAAACGUUAUUUGAUGUGGAGUGUGACGUAUCGCACAGAUCCUGUUCAGAAGGAUCCUUCCCUAUACAGAGUGAGUGGGGCGUGGGGCACGGCGGGUCGCACCACCACUCCCAACACCAGCAGCACCGGUACUCAGCCCCCAUGGAUCCCCGGGCAACGCAACACCCAGCGGUAUCUGCGUCAUCUUCAUCUUCAUCCUCGUCGUCGUCGUUGCCAGGCUGGGGAUGCGGGGACGAGGGCAGGGGGUCGCCGAGGAGGAUGCGGAAACCGGGAGGACUAGGGCAGCGAGGCACACAGCUCCUAGCGAACAUGGUGGCUCCGUUCACAUCGCCCAAGUACGCACCGCACCAGGAAGGAAGCCGACGAGGAGGCCGGCACCAAGGUAUGGGGACCAGUUCUCCAUCGCCAUCGCAUGACAUUAACAUCUCCAUGCCCUACUGCCCAGCGGCCACCACCUUGGCGGAUAUCACCAUGGUGUCGGUGCCGUGUGGACCAUCGGCUCGCACAGCUCAUAGUCCCAGUCACUCCUCGGUGCCAGGUGGCUCACAAGGAGUCCAUAUGAGUAGUAUGGGCCUCCCACACACCUCUGGACAGUCCUCACAGUCACGCUGCAGUCCAACUGCGGACCAUGACUUUCCGCCCUUAUAUACUGAGGUGAUAGAAAAUCCCACCUUAUAUACAAGUGUUAGUAGACCCUCAGAACCAAGGACAAACAGUGGGAAAAUAUGACCACCAAGUCUUUUACUUAGUCUUUCAAACAUACUUUAUAAUAUCACUUAAGAUGUACUUGUUGUAAUGAAAGUUGUUAUAUCCCCUGGGAUGUGAUAGUGUGACGCGUGAUACAGUGCUGAAGCCAGCAGGUGUCUUGGUGCUCAGUGGUGGUGGGCCGGUGCUCAGGCUCACUCCUGUGCAUUACCAACUGCCAGCGUGCAUGUGCACUCAGGUGUGUGAGGGUGGCCAGGUGCGGCCCUGCCAAAUGUAUGACCAAAUACAUGUCAGCAGGGCAUGAAGUGUGCAUUCGGAUUCACCAAAUGGGACCGGUGCAUACACAAGGACCAGAGCAGUUGGGACCAGCCGCUGUAGUGGUGGAUGAAGGAGUCACCAGUGCCUGGGGUCCCAAGGACCAGUGCCAGGGUGGCUGGCAGCAGUGCAGAUCUGCCACACACUGUUUUGUACUGCUAACAGUCACCUGAUGGCUCACACAGUGUAUUGUAGAGUGCUGCAGCAUUUCCAGGGCCAAGUCCCAUAUGUGAUAGGCCUUCUCUCUGUAUCUGAGUGGACAAGUGAUGGAGUGUGGUGCGUGGCGAUGGCUGAGGGAAUGUGGCUGGGUGACCUGUAGCUUAGACACAGGCAGACCAGAGACUCAGGGAACAUUGCAAAACCUUUGUAUUGCUCUUCUCAUUUGAGAAACAAGUGAUGGCAUUGCUAAUGGAAGUAAAUAGUAUGUAAUUGGUUAAAUUUAAGUUCCCUGGGACUGGGCGGGGUGAGACUGGCUAUGGAGGUGUGGCAGAGUGGUGGCGGUGGCAAGAUUGUUGUUACUGCCACUUGUUCCUCACUAUCACGUGCUGUGCUGUCUAGUCUGGAGAGGUGGAUGGCCAUGGCAAGUGACACAUCCUGCCUCCUGAUCUACUACAAGGUUCACACUCACAUAUUCAUGUUAUUACUCCCACUCAGUGACACAUGCACACCUCCUGGCUUGACUAGCCCCUUGUGGAGUAGAGUCCCGUGGGCAACAUUAACUGUUAUUCCACUGCCAGGUAUAUAUUAGGUUUUGUAAGACUUGCCUGUAAUUCAUUGUUCUGCCCUGUUGGCAGGUUAUAUUCCUUCCACCCCAGCUGCAAAGCAGUCAUUGCGAGAAUGUAUCAGAGGUGUAUGGUGCCACAAUAAAUGAGAUUGUGUGAA